UCGCAUUUGCCGCUAUCGAAUUAAUAAAACUUUCGCAAUUCCACUCUAUAUUUUACGGUCCACAAACCAAGUCUUCCCGUAAUUUUGAUUUUUAGCAUCAUUGCUUCUGUUGAGUUCUCCGGCUUUGCUGUCGACCGAUUUCUUGCUUCUUUAGCAACAUCUUCUUAGCCAACAUCUCGUCGCUUGCAGUUGAUUAUCUUUCACUCGCCGAUGGCAUUUAGUCAUCAGCAUCUCAAACUGGACGACCCUUUUCUUCAUAAUUACAAGCCCUCAGAGCUAAAGAUCGCUUCUGAGUUUCUCACCACUUGGCUUCCGUUUCUUUCCAAAGAUCUCUGCGGAGACUGCACCAAAUUGCUCUCGGAUCGUAUCCGCACCCUCGAUCGAGCUGGCCGUUCCGACGAGAAUUCAGGUUCUCCACCAGCAGUGGAUGACAUGCAUGAGAGUAACGGUAAUCAGGAUGAUGCUUUUGAUGCAAACUCUCUUGGAAGUUGGAAAGAUGAAGCGGAAACCAAUUCAUUAGGGAGUUGGAAAGACGGCAUGAAUGCAGGGAAUGAAGCUGAUGGAGGACCUGAAACUUCUUCUAGUGAGCUGCCCUCUAAAUUAAAUUCCACCAAGACCUCAGGCCCUCGAAUGUCGUGGGCUGAUAUGACUCAGGAAGAUGAACUAGAAGAAGAGGAAGAUGAGUAUGAAUCAGAAAAAAGAUUAGUCAGUGUUAAUGAGUCCACACGGAAGUUAACAAUAUCGAAGGUUAUUGAGAGGCCAAAGCUGUCUAGAGAGCAGAGGGAGCACAUCAGAUUCAUGAAUGUUGGAAGGAAGAAAGAUUUUAUUUGUCUGGAGAGGUUUAAAGGAAAACUAGUGAAUAUUCUUGAAGGACUUGAACUUCAUACGUGUAUUUUUAGUGCUGCAGAACAGACGAGAAUAGUUGAUCAUGUUUAUGCACUUCAGGAGAUGGGCAAGAGGGGUGAAUUAAGAGAACGAACAUUUUCAGCUCCCAAAAAGUGGAUGAAGGGAAAGGGGCGUGUAACUAUGCAGUUUGGGUGCUGUUACAAUUAUGCACCUGAUAAAAAUGGCAAUCCUCCUGGAAUUCUUCGAAGUGAAAUUGUGGAUCCAUUACCAUCUCUCUUUAAGGUGAUCAUUCGAAGGUUGGUGAGGUGGCAUGUGCUUCCUCCAACAUGUGUUCCUGAUAGUUGCAUUGUGAACAUCUAUGACGAAGGGGACUGUAUUCCUCCACAUAUUGACAACCACGAUUUUGUUCGACCUUUCUGCACUGUGUCAUUUCUCAGUGAAUGCAAUAUUGUUUUUGGAACAAAUCUUUCUAUUGUAGGACCAGGUGAAUUUUCAGGGCCAAUUGCAAUCCCUCUGCCUGUGGGGUCCGUUCUUGUGUUAAAUGGAAAUGGAGCUGAUGUUGCGAAGCAUUGUGUACCUGCAGUCCCUACAAAGAGAAUAUCAAUUACAUUUAGAAGGAUAGAUGAGUCCAAAAGGCCAAUUGAGUAUGCUCCAGAACCGGAUUUGCAGGGAAUCCAACCAUUACCCUAUGAUGUACCAACUUCUCCUGUGUCAUCGGAAAGGGAAAUAAGGAGGCAGCCAUUUAGGAGGGGUGGUCAUAUGAGAACCAGGGGAUCUGGAAACAGAGGCGACACUCGAUAUGAUUCACGCAAUCCAGGUAGAGGAGCUCAUCAUAAUUCAGCAGAUAGGAAGAGCAGAGAGUAAAUUGAGGCAACUGAAGAGUAGCAUACUAGCAUUCAUUUAUCAGUCCUGUUUCAUCAUUUUUCCGCAUCAGACAGUUGGGUGUUAAGAGUAAUGCAUAAAGACCUUAAGGAGACUGGUUUGCAAGCUCACGUUACCAUGUUGGCAUAUUAGUUAUUAUUCAUUUGUGUAUCAAGAAUUUUCCAAACAUUUAUUAGCACGCUUUAGAUGCUGUCAUAUUUGUCAUAGUCCUUUAUCAUAUAUUGUUACUGAAAUGUUGUAAAAAAUUAUGAGUUUCUGCUCCUUGGGAGUGUCCGAUAGAUCCAGAACACAACUCUGAAGGCAGAAUUCUCAAAUGGAUCUAGAUUAUACCUUGGGGAAUGAGAAAUAAAAGCAUAAAUAUGUUUGUUCUACAGCACAUAGCAUUGAAGUCAGAGGUAACCGCUGCUGAUUAACCAGUUUCAAGCUGUCUUGUAUAAGGGCUUUUCAUCAGGAUUUUACUCUGAGAAUUUGUGUUCAUAUUGAUUUAUUUGUAUGGGCCCUGUGAUGACUGGCUGAUUAAAACGUGUUGAGCAUAUUUUAUUUCCUUUCUUUGGGUUGGUGAAAUGUGUAAAGGAUUGUUUAUCUGAUAUAAAGUCGAAUUUUAGCCUAUUUUUUUUAUC